AUAUGCAGCCCUGCUUGGAAAUGAACAAGUCAAUACCCCCUUUCUAAGGGCCCACUGUCCCAACCCAUGGCAGACAGGUGAGCCCAGGUGAGGGGCGGCAGUAAUCACACGGCAGAAGCACAAAUGGGGAGGCUAGCUGGGCAACCCAGGACACCACAUGGUGGCAUAGAGUGGGUGGCCAAGAACCUGUCUCAGGAAGGAGGGGAGGCCAUGGAAGGCAGGGUGGGGUGUGAAUCAAGACUCAAGCCUCAGCGCAUGCUUCUGUGUCCUGCCCCACUUCACUUACCAAACACAAAUUCAAAGAUGCAAGUAUUAACAAUUUCAAUAUGGCAACCACAGAGUAUCCAAUUCCAAGCACAGGGCCCUUCUGAAUGGGGUUUCCCAUACAACUGCACUGGUUACACCCUCAUGAAGCCAGCCCUGGAGAUGCCAGUGAGCAAAAGAACAAAUGGGCCACUCCUGACUGAUGCAUUCCAUCCCACACAGCCUGUCCUCACACGGCCAGUCAUGAUAGCUGCAGGAUGAAGAAUAUGUGAUGUGCUUUCAUAUUCUUGUGUGUGUGUAUGCCGGUCAAAUCAUGCUUAAAGGCUCACGUCUCUCUAAAAGCCUGUCCUUAUAAGGUGGGAAGAGUCAGGAAAGGCUGCCUGGUACAACAGCAAGAAUAUGGCCAGGAGACAACAAACCUUGGCUGUCAUCUUCAACAUUCCAUAUGGUACUUAAAGGGCUUUGUGGUCAUUAACCCAUAAAUCCACUGGUCUCAAGCCAUCAGGAGCUCAAGAGGAAUCUCCUUAGAAGACAAGCACACCAGAAGCUAAAACAUCACCAGGAGGAGGAAUGACAACCAUGACUAACCAGCAGGAAGGGGGUGGGAGGUGCAGGAUCAACAAAAUAAUACUCCUGGAAGAAUUCAAUGGAAAAUCCUCCAGUUCUGCUGACAGCAGUUUAACCACUCACUAUGCUCUUUGAGUGGAUGCUCACGGAUGUCACAUUUCAUCAUCUGAAAAAUCCCUUUACCCUUAACGUAAACAUUAGCCUUCACAGCUUCGGAAAGACUGCUAUUAUACCCAAAGCAGGUAAAGGGGAGCUUAAGGUGUAAUUGGAUGUAAGAAAAUUCUAUCAUCCCUAGAAUCUUCUUCUCUCAUAGGAGAAAAUGGCUUUUUGAAGUUAAGGAACUCUAAAGAUAGAACACCACUUCAGAAUGAUUUUGUCAAGGGUUUGUUAAGUCUCUCACUUAUCUGCAGGCGUUUUCCAUUAAUACACAUCUGUUGAAAAACCACACCACUAAAAAGGACCUUCUAAAAGAUCUGGAAUUUUAUCUUUAGAAUCAUUCCAUUAAUUGAAUUAUCCAUCACCCAGGAGGUUCUCCACAUAGAAGCAGGUACUAUGGGGACAUAAAAUGUGGAACCUGACCCCUAGACAGCUAUAAAUCCAAUCAGGAGAUGAGAUUAAUUCAAAUAACAGAAAUUGAGACAUUUGUUAUUCAUUUAUUUCAAUUCAUUAUUACUUAAUAUGUAUUCAUAAGUUAACUAAUAGGCAGAAAAUAGGGUUUCUGUAAUUUUGAACAGAACAGACCCCAAGUCUUGUAUAGUUCCUGGUGGAAGGUGAUCAGCGAGGGCUAGAAUGAUGAGGGAAGGCAGGAAGAGUCAUAGAGGAGAUAAGGUGAACAAAAUCCUACAGGGAGGGAAUGAAUUUGGGUCAAAAAUAGGAUAAAUGGGAAUCAAGCACAAGGCAGUUUCGGACAGGGACAGAGGUGAGCACUUGGGAACUUAUUUUUUUUGUGAGCCAGUGGGAAAACCAAGGAGGCUAAACCAUAGAGCCUGGAGAUGUGAAGGAAGUACAGGUGGGUAAGAAAGGGAGAGCCAGAUCACAAGCACCUUGAAACCAGACACUGGUUUGGGGUCUUCAGCAGUCCUCUGUCAAAAUACAUAUAUUCAGGGGCUGGGUGUGGUGGCUCACACCUGUAAUCCCAGCCCUUUGGGAGGCAGAGGCAGGCAGAUUACUUGAGGUCAGGAGUUCAAGACAAGCCUGGCCAACAUGGUAAAACCCCGUUUCUACCAAAAAUAUAAAAAACUAGCCGGGCGUGGUGGCAUGCACCUGUAAUCCCAGCUACUCGGGAGGCCAAGGCAGGAGAAUCACUUGAAUCCAGGAAACGGAGGAUGCAGUGAGCCGAGAUUGCGCCACUGCACUCCAGCCUGGGCGACAGAGCGAGACUCCAUCUCAAAAAAAAAAAAAAAACAUAUAUUCAGGAAGAAAAUCAAGGAGUAAAUUGGAGGUGGCAGGGUGCGGUUGGUGGGUGUAGGCUGGACACUGUGCUGUGCUGUAUUUUGUGUCACCAUAGAAGAAAAGGAAUAUGGUAUUCAAGUAUCAGCCGGUGACCUUUAAUUGUCAGUUCUUUAUCUUGGGAUAAAUUCACAGACUGAUUCACAGUUUUGCCUGCCACUGGCCAUUUUAAUGCCAGUAGUAGACAAAACCACCCUUCCUUAUGGCCCAGUGAAACCCUCAUUACCUGUACUUUGUUGAAUGGAUGCUCUUUUGAAUUAAAAUCAAGAUGUGGGGGCCGGGCAAGGUGGCUCAUGCCUGUAAUCCCAGCACUUUGGGAGGCCAAGGCGGGCAGAUCACGAGGUCAGGAGUCUGAGACCAGCUUGGCCAACAUAGUGAAACCCCGUCUCUACUAAAAAUACAAAAUGUGGUGGCAUGCGCCUGUAAUCCCAGCUACUCGGGAGGCUGAGGCAGGAGAAUUGCUUGAAUCCGGGAGGCCAGAAGUUGCAAUGAACCGAGAUCGUGCCAUUGCACUCCAGCUUGGGUGAUGGAGCAAGACUCUAUCUCAAAAAAAAAAAAAAAAAAAAUCAAGAUGUGAGAAAGUCUCCAGAGAUGGGUUUUUAGGCAAUAGGUCAGAAGAAGGACGAGGUAUCCUGGUGUAAGUCACCUGAGGGCCUUGUGUAGCUUCCCUGAAUGUGUUGCAAUACACAGGGAGGAAGCCGUCUUUCCUAGAUUUACACCCACUUUCAGAUUUACACCCGCUCCCUAAGGCCAAGGUGCCUCUGGUCAGCAGUAGAAUGAAAAAGAAUUAUUCUCACCAAGGAAAUCUCUGUAGAAAAGUUGCUGUGAAACUGGAAUAGGUGUGUCUUUCUGUCCUUCCGGUUCUUUUUAUAGAUACUGCAGGAACCUCAGUGAGAGCCUACGGUUCUUCCGCCCAUUUGGGGAGAGAUUAAAGAAGCUGAGGUUGGCUCUUUCUUACUCAUUGGCAGUUACAGCUUCGCCAGCACUACAGCCUAAGCUUCCGGAGUGGACACGGAGAAGGUAAGUUGGAACUGGGGGGCCAUGUUCUCCGCUGUAAACCUGGGUCACUCCAGCCAUCUGGUCUGGGGAUAACUGAAGGGAAGUAGAGCUAAGGGGUAUUCAAUUGCAAUUGAUUUUUUUUUUCAAAUGAAUAUGUGGGAUCUUUUUCCUAGGCUACCUCAGUCAAGACAUGGACUUUCAUACUAAACUGUUCAAAAAGGUAUUUAAAGAAAGGGACCAUUUUGUACAAUUCUUUGAUGAACACACAAUAGGUGUUUAAUUACAACCUGUUGCAUUGGAUUGACUUGAAUUAACUGAAAGAAGGAACAGUCAUUAAAAUUACUGGGAAAUUUUAUUCCCAGUAAUUUAUCUGCCUGUCUCCUUCAAGCAGUGCAUCAGUGUCUAGAACGAUCCAAUGAUCCAUUAAUGUUGGCAGUCCUUGUUCUGGAGUCUGAUAUAACUGAAUUCCAUCAAUCAUGCAAACAUUCUCAUACACCUCCUUUUAUGAAAAAGAUUUUGUAUUAGCUUUCAAAGCCUUGGAAAUUAGCAUACACAAAUGGACAUAUUAACAAGUGAAGUCUGUUCAGCUUUUCCCAGCAGGAUGAAGCCAAGAUAGUUUUGAGGGGUUUAGGUUGCCUUUCUCAUUUCCUUUACUGACAUCCUAUACAAAACUGCUAUAAAUUUGGGGUAAUAUGUGUGAUGGCAUUUCCCAUCCCCUUAGACUAUGUUUGCAUAUAUCUCUGAAUUUCUUCCCCCAGGGAAGCUUAGCAUUUAGAUAAGUAUCAGGAGUCAAACAAAAUGUAACUCAGGCUCUUGACAGUGUCCUAGGAACAAUUUUGGUAAGGACAUUUAUUUCAUAUGCCCAGGUGUCUUCAUUUCAGAAUGAGAGAAAUUACAGUGCCCAGCAUGGACCACCCAAUAGGCAUUCUUGUAGGUAUUAGGUUGGUGCGAAAGUAGUUGCGGUUCUUGAUGUUACUUUUUUUGUUUGUGUGUUUUUUGUUUUUCGGUUUUUGUUUUCAGACAGCGUCUCACUCUGUCGCCCAGGCUGGAGUGCAGUGGUGCGAUCUUGGCUCACUGCAACCUCUGCCUCCUGGGUUCAAGCAAUUCUCCUGCCUCAGCCUCCCAAGUAGUUGGGAAUAUAAGUGCAUGCCAUCAUGACCGGCUAAUUUUUUAUGUGUGUUUUUAGUAGAGAUGGGGUUUCACCAUGUUGGCCAGGCUGGUCUUGAACUCCUGACUUCAAGUGAUCCACCCACCUUGGCCUCCUAAAGUGCUAGGAUUACAAGCAUGAGCCACUGUACCCUGCCUUGUUUUUUGCUUUUUGAGACAGAGUCUCACUCUGUCACCCAGGCUGGAGUACAGUGGGGCAAUCUCGGCUCAAUGUAAACUCUGUCUCCUGGGUUCAAGCGAUUCUCCUGCCUCAGCCUCCCGAGUAGCUGAGAUUACAAGUGUGCACCACCACACCCGGCUAAUCUUUGUAUUUUUAGUAGAGAUGGGGUUUCACCAUGUUGGCUAGGCUAGUCUUGAACUGCUGACCUCAAGUGAUCGGCCCGCCUCAGCCUUCCAAAGUGCUGGGAUAACAGGAGUGAGCCACCGCACCCAGCCUUCUUGCCAUUACUUUUAAUAGCAAAAAGCACAAUUACUUUUGCACCAACCUAAGAGAUGCAGAGUUGUCAAUUUGUCUCAUCCUUUUUCUGCAGGGCAUCAGAAAACCAUUCUGGUGAGGUCCACACCCAUAAGUCACCAUGUACAAGGACUGCAUUGAGUCCACUGGAGACUAUUUUCUUCUCUGUGAUGCCGAGGGGCCAUGGGGCAUCAUUCUGGAGUCCCUGGCCAUACUUGGCAUCGUGGUCACAAUUCUGCUACUCUUAGCAUUUCUCUUCCUCAUGCGAAAGAUCCAAGACUGCAGCCAGUGGAAUGUCCUCCCCACCCAGCUCCUCUUCCUCCUGAGUGUCCUGGGGCUCUUCGGACUCGCUUUUGCCUUCAUCAUCGAGCUCAAUCAACAAACUGCCCCUGUACGCUACUUUCUCUUUGGGGUUCUCUUUGCUCUCUGUUUCUCAUGCCUCUUAGCUCAUGCCUCCAACCUAGUGAAGCUGGUUCGGGGUUGUGUCUCCUUCUCCUGGACGACAAUUCUGUGCAUUGCUAUUGGUUGCAGUCUGUUGCAAAUCAUUAUUGCCAUUGAGUAUGUGACUCUCAUCAUGACCAGAGGUAUGAUGUUUGUGAAUAUGACACCCUGCGAGCUCAAUGUGGACUUUGUUGUACUCCUGGUCUAUGUCCUCUUCCUGAUGGCCCUCACAUUCUUCGUCUCCAAAGCCACCUUCUGUGGCCCGUGUGAGAACUGGAAGCAGCAUGGAAGGCUCAUCUUUAUCACUGUGCUCUUCUCCAUCAUCAUCUGGGUGGUGUGGAUCUCCAUGCUCCUGAGAGGCAACCCGCAGUUCCAGCGACAGCCCCAGUGGGAUGAUCCGGUCGUCUGCAUUGCUCUGGUCACCAACGCAUGGGUUUUCCUGCUGCUGUACAUCGUCCCUGAGCUCUGCAUUCUCUACAGAUCGUGUAGACAGGAGUGCCCUUUACAAGGCAAUGCCUGCCCCGUCACAGCCUACCAACACAGCUUCCAAGUGGAGAACCAGGAGCUCUCCAGAGCCCGAGACAGUGAUGGAGCUGAGGAGGAUAUAGCAUUAACUUCAUAUGGUACUCCCAUUCAGCCGCAGACUGUUGAUCCCACACAAGAGUGUUUCAUCCCACAGGCUAAACUAAGCCCCCAGCAAGAUGCAGGAGGAGUAUAAAUCUACAGGAAACACAAGUGGAGAAAACCCAGCAGACCGUCCUGGGUAGCAUAGCCCUGAUAGCCCACGGGGGCCCACAGAGUCAUGCUGCCAAUGAAGAGUCAGCAUUCCACCUUCUGUUUCCAACCCCUCCAUCCACCAGGAUCCUCCACCAGAAGACCACCAUUUUGAGCAUAAUUACAAUCUUGCUGGCCACCCUACCUUGACUGUGUCUCUUUCUUCAUUCGUGUAACUGCAAAAUUCCCUUUCUUAGCAAUGCUGGAAAAGAAUUGGUGCCUCUUAUUCACAGAACUGAAAGACCCUGUCUGAAGAAAUUAAGGGCAUUCUAAUGUGACAACGAGGUUAGUAGCAGCUUACUACUGGGUUACAUGUCUGGUCAAUUUUUAAAUUGUGCUAAAAAACACAGAACAUAAACUUCACCAUCUCAACCAAGUUUAAGUGUACAGUUCAGUAGUGUUAAUCAUAUUCACACUGUUGUGAAUUCUCUAGAACUUUUUCAUCUUGCAAAACUGAGAUUCUCAAUCCAUUGAACAGCUCCCUCCAGCCCCUGACAGCCACCAUUCUACUUUUGGUUUCUGUGAGUUUGACUACUUAGAUACCUUAUGUAAUAGAAUCAUACAGUAUUUGUCUUUUUGUGACUGGCUUAUCUUUCCUAGCAUAAUGUCCUCAAGGUCCAUGUCACAUGUUAUAGCAUGUCACAGGAUCUCCUUUUCUAAGGCUGAACAAUAUUCCAUUGUAUGUCUAUACCACAUUUUUUUUAUUUAUCUGUCAAUGGACAUUUGGGGUUGCUUUCACCUCUUGGCUAUUGUGAAUAGAGCUGCAAUGAACACAGAUGUGCAAAAAUCUCUUUGAAAUCCUGCUUUCAAUUAUUUUGGUGUAUACCCAGAAGUGGGAUUGCUGGAUCAUAUGAUAAUUCUAUGUUUAAUUUUUUUGGGGAACGUCCACACUGUUUCCACAGCAGCUACAGCACUUUACACUCUUAUCAACAAUGCACAGAGUUCUGCUUUCUCGACAUCCUUGCCAACAUUUGUUAUUUCCUGGGGUGUUUUUAUUUUUGGUUUACAGUGGUCAUCCUAAUGAGUGUGAGGCAUCUAGUAAUUUUUUUGUAAAGGAACUCAAAAUACGAUAGGUCCAGAAUUGUCUACAAAAGUUAAGGCUGAAUCCUCAGGAUCACCACAAUUGGGUGGUUUAAAGAACACGGACAUUGCCAUGGACUUGCAAGCUGGCAGGCUUUCUCUCCUGGUGCUACCUCCCUGUGACAGCUACUUGGGCAGCACACAUGGCUGAGGGCAUGACCUGCUUUGCUGAGCCAGUAACAGCAAAGGAAGAGACACCCCAGCAGAUGCUCAUAAAGGAUUUUAUGUGGUGAACAUAAAAAGCAUAGUCUGCCUGUCUUGAUGUUUCUAAUGAGCUGGUGUCUCUGGGCUAAUUUUCUUGCCUUUGUUCCUCAUCAGCCCCACAUUCUUCUGAAUGCUUUCAUCUGCGCUUAAUACUCGUUUGUUAUCUAUUACAAGAAUAAGAGGACCAGAGUCAGAGGUGUGCCUCUAGAAGGGUCCCGGGGUCUGAGUCAGCUCUCUCACCUUGCAGAUGACAGCACAGAACUUUGGAGAACAGAAUGACUUACCCAAAGCCACACAGUCAUUAGUGGUGAGCCAGAUUUUCUGACUCCUAAGCCUGUCUUCUUCCCCCGUCCACUAGGCUCCUCCAUGCCCAUAUUUCUGUAUGAGCAAGUAAGGUGUGUUCCCCUUGAGAACAAAUGGAAUAUUUCAGACCCGUGAGUGUUGAGUGCCUGCUAACUGAAAGCCUUUUGAAAAAUAACUACAGCUUUAUACAUGCAACAGAGCCUUUUCUGUGGCCAAUGGACACCAUAAGUUGUUCAACAGCAAUAAAUAUUUCCUGAGCAUCUGCAAGGUACCAGGAACCAUUCUAGGACUCAGCCCCAGACAAGGCGUACAACACUGCUUUAGCAGAGCUUGCACUGUUGUUGUAGAAGAUCAUACAAUGCAGAGAAUUUCAGGAACACAGUUCCUUUGUUUUUUACAGACAGGGAGAAGGGACUUGCCCAGUAUAACGUGGCUUGUUAGCACUAGAACCAAGACCAGAAUCCAGGUUUCCAAACCCCUAUCCAGUGCUCAUCUCUACACAAUGUUCCAACGUUUUCUUUUUUUUUUUUUUUCCUGAGACGGAGUCUCGCUCUGUCACCCCAGGCUGGAGUUCAGUUGUACGAUCUCGGCUCACUGCAACCUCUGCUUCCUGGGUUCAAGCGAUUCUCCUGCCUCAGCCUCCUGAGUAGCUGGGAUUACAGGUGCC